UCUCCAAAAAAAAAAAAAGGAAAAAGAAGAAAAAAAAAGAAAUCUGAAAGAAGAAAUAAACAUAUAAUAUAUCCAAUUCUCGUGCUUCUCACGAGAGUGUUUGAGAGUAACUGCGAUAUAUAGUAAAGAAACUACAUGAGUCCCAGGAUACAAGAAUCUGAUUGGCUAGAGGUCCACGUGCGUUUUCCACUUCCAAUUUGAAUCAUGCAGGUGAGCAAGGAACAAGGCCCGUUAGGGUGGGGAGGGUUGGAAUACCAACUUCCCUGUGAUAUUUUUUAGAAGACACCGAAAUCGUAUUGACCACUUUUCCACUGUAUCGCAUUCAACGCGGAUCUACCGCCGGCCGGUUUUGCCAAUUAUAUAAAUAAAUAAAUAAAUAAUAUAAACAAGAAGAGAGACAAUUUACAUCACAAUUUUUGUCUGCUUCAAUACUUUUCUUUUCCAAAAAAAAAUUCAAAAUUAUUUUUAAUUUUUUCAAAUUUCAUUUUUCUUUUAUGUUUUUUGAAAUUUUGCCAAAAAAAUUAUUAUUUUCCCUAAAUUCAAUUUUCAUCUAAAAAAAAUUUCCUUUAAAACAAUUUUUAAACAAUUAGGAACUUUUUCAAAUUUUUCAAAAUUGUGUAAAGGGAAAUUCUCACCAAAAAAAAAAAAAAUAAUGGCACAUUUAAGUGAUUGAAUUACUAGUGGAAUUUUAUCAAAACUUUGUCAUAUACACACUAUCAUAAUAUUCUUAUCGUCAAGUGUUUGAAAAAAAAGUGAUAUUAAAUAUUGGAUUCUCGUAAAGUGUGAAUCGAUUUAGUUAAAUUUUUGGACUGUAUCUUGUUGCGUGUGAAAAUUUAAGAAAAAAAAAAAAAAUUCCUCUAAAAGGAAUAAAUUGGCAAAAAAAAAGGGGAAGAUAUAUAGUGUCAGUGAUUUUUGUUUUUCACUCGUAAAAAUGAAGGACAUUAUUGCAAUUUGGAACAGACUCACGACACGAAGAUACACGGCUGUCAGUACUAAUCCUGCUGGAGAUGAUGGAAUCGAAGAGAUAACAAUGAGAGCAAAAGGAUUACGGAGAAAAUCGUCGGUGGUUGUCAAUCAAUUUUUCAAUGCCGCUUUACCUGUCAAUAUUGACGGGAAACCACGUUGGAAUAAAAGUAUUCUUAUUUUGAUGACCCUUGGUCUCUUGGGCCUUGCAUCCGGAUGUUUUCUUCUUAUCGUUAAUCCAUACGAGGCAAUUUUCAAAUAUAAAGUUACAUUUGGCGAAGGUGGGGAAAUUUUCGAACUCUGGAGAACGCCACCUGUUGAUCUCUAUCUUAAAGUUUAUCUCUUUAAUUUCACUAAUCAUCGGGAAUUUAUGUCCGGCGAGGAUAAGAAAAUGAAGCUCCAACAAGUUGGUCCAUAUGUUUACAAAGAACUUUUGGAGCAUGGGAACGUGACUUUUAACGACAAUGGUACCUUGACCGCUAUUCCUCUUUCGCCGUUAGUUUUCGUACCAGAAUUGAGCGCAGGAACAGAAGAUGAUCUACUGAUCCUGCCGAACAUUGCCUUAUUGAGUAUUGCAAAUGUAGUCAGUGAAGAAGCAUUUUAUAAAAGAAUUGGACUAAAUUUGUUGAUAAGACAAACUAAUUCUGAACCACUUGUGGAAAUGACUGCUAAAGAAUUUAUGUUUGGUUACAAAUCAACAUUAGUUACUCUUGGUUAUCAUCUAAUGCCAAAUUGGAUUAAAUUCAAUAAACUCGGUCUUAUUGAUAGGAUGUACGAUUUUACCGGCGAUUUCGAAACCGUUUACACUGGGGAAGUUGACGUGAAAAAAACGGGAUUAAUUGAGAAAUACAAUGGAGAUGAAAAUUUACCCCAAUGGGAGGGAAAAUGUGCGAAUGUUAAUGGUGCAAGUGAUGGAACGAAAUUUCCAAGUUACAUUGAACCAAACGACACUCUAUUAUUUUUCAGAAAAAGCCUUUGCCGAAGUGCAGAAAUGGUUCGAAUAGGAGAGAAAACAAUUCGAGGUCUCCAUACGUAUCAUUAUAAAUUCAAGGACAAUGAACUGGACAAUGGUGUACAUAAUCCGGACAAUGCUUGUUUUUGUCGAAAAGGACGAUGCCUUCCAGAAGGACUGAUCGAUGUCACCGAUUGCUAUUACGGUUUUCCAAUUGCACUUUCUUAUCCUCAUUUUUACAUGGCAAAUCCAAUAAUUUCGGAAAAAAUAGAGGGACUAAAUGCUGAUCCUGCGAAACAUGAAUCCUAUUUUUAUAUUCAACCACGAUCUGGAUCGCCAGUUGAUUUGGCUUUUCGUUUUCAAAUUAAUAUGGCACUUCAGGACAUCAGUCGAAUUUCACAAGUUGAAAAAUUCGCGAAUGUUAUUCUUCCUCUUCUUUGGUUUGAAAUUGGAAUGUACGAGCUUCCAGAUGCAGUGAAUAAUAAAUUUAAAUUAUAUCUCAAUUAUUUGCCAAUGGUGCAAGAUGUUGGGAUAUAUUUAUCGUUUAUUGGCGGUUCAAUUGUCCUAUUAUGGAGUAUCGUGAAAAUUCUUUUACAUCAACCAAAAAGAGGUAUGCAGUGGUGUGAAACAGAAAUGCAAAAGCAAAGAUUACAUAUUUUGAGUGAUAAGGAAUCAGGUGCCAAAUCGAAAGAAAUGGAAGUUUAUUAUAAUUCUCUAUUGAGUGCACAAACGGAGGAAAUGACAUCAAUUGCAAUUGAAGAUAUGCCAAUUAUCAAAGAAGAUGUCGCUUGAAUUUUUCAUUUUUUUUGUUUUUUUUUAAUACAAAUAUCGAUUCUUGAGAAGAUUCUCAAUGCGAUUUACUUGAAUGUUAAUCGUAAGAGCUUCUUUUUCUGAUUUGACAAUAUAUUUUUUUCCCAUUAAAAAAAAAAAACAAAGAAAUUUAGCUACACCCCAAAGAUUAAUUCAAAAAAUAUAUCAGAAAAUAACAGAAUGAAGAGCUCGAAAUAAUUUUGAAAAUUAAAAGUAUCUUUCAAUCUCAAAAUUUGAAUUUUGUAGCUGCAAUGAAAAUAAUUUAAUUCAUUAAAAAUGGAAUUAAUGAAAUUAAAAUUUAAAAACAAAUGUGAUUAAAAAUUAAAUUCACAGAUUUUUUAAUUAAUAAAAUUAAUAUUUUGUUUGAAGAUUGAAAAGUGAAAAUUACCAAAGUAUUUGGUAAAAUAUUUAGCAAAGUGUGCAAGAAAAUUGUAAUGAUAAAAUCUGUAAAUAUGUAAAUAGGAAAAAACUAGAUAGAUUAAGAAUGACCGCUUCAAUAUAUCCAGUAAUAUUUUAUAUUUUAAUGGAAUAUAAAGGAUAUUUGAAUAACUUUUCCAGUGUUUAUUAUUAUUUUUUUUCACGACUUUUUUUGUGUUCACAAAACAUAAUUCAUUGAAAAUUUGAAAUUAAUGAUUUGAUAUUAUAGAAAAUUGUUUCAAAAAAUAUUUUUAAAAAAAUGUCACUAAUAGAAUUGCUUUUACCAAUGUUACAUUUAAAAUAUAAAACAGAUUUGGAAUAAGUAAAAAAAAAAAAAAUUUGCAAUUUUGAGAUAGACAAUAAAAAUACAAUGUUAAUCUCUCUGCAAAUAGUGUGAUGAUCUUGCCUUAUUUAUAAUAUAGUAAAUACUCUAAUAAUUUAAAUAAAAUUCUAAUAUUAUAUAAUAUUGUAGAAUUAUCGAAAAUGCCUUAUCGUUCAAUUAUAUUAAAUUUCCAAAGUGUUCAUUUCUUUUUACAGGUGAAAAAUAUGUUUAUUUAUUUCGAAAAUCUAACUUUUUACAUUAUAAAAAUAGAAAUAUUUUUAAAUUUAAUUUUUUAAAUAUAAAUAAUAUUUUUACAAUUAUAAUUUUGUGACUUAAAUUUUUUUUUAAAUAUUUUUAACAUAUUUUUUACCAAUUUAAAGAAACAUUGUAAGGGCUUCUAUAAUAUUAAGAUGUAUAAAGUUUGCUCAACAAUAUUUUUUUUGCAAGAAGACUGUAAAAAUUUUUGGAUUAAGGCAUCUUUGUUAAUUAAAAUCUACGAUUAGGAUUUUUACUACUUAUUUAUGCUUUAUAUAUUUACGUAUUCGAGAAAAGGGUCAAAAUGUGUUUUCUGUGUGGUAUUUUAUAUAAAUUAUUAUUCUAAACACAUUAACCUUUUUUUUUUUUGCAAAAAAAAAUAAUAACAAUUAAGAUAAAUAUAAUUUAGUGUGCGCCAAUGCGUAGAGGAAUGUGAUAGUUUUUUUUCUCGGAUAGUUAUUUAACUGUAAUAUGUUAAUCUUGCCAGUGAAGUAAAAGUAUCUCAACACUGCGAGAACACUUCAACAUUGCUCAAUAAAGAAUUUUUUGUAAAUAAAAAAAAAUUUUUUUUAUUUAAUAAUAAUAUGUUUUUUUUUUUUAAUCAGGAUGACAAAAAUAAAAACUCAUUUUUUAAAAGAAAUUUCUUUUUAAUUAAUUCAUUGUUUACGAACAAAUGAGAGAUGUACAUCAAAAUGAUAAUUAAAUUCGAUGAAAUUAAUUUUACAACAUUUUGAAAGUCUAUAAAUAGUCGCAAAACAAUAUUUUAAUGUGCCAAGUAUGCAACAUAUUGUGAGAUAAGUUCAGGGCAACAAAAAUAUUUAUAAAAAAAAAAAUGGCAAAACUUGUAAUGAAAAUAUUAGAUCAAAAACAAAAUUAUUAAUUUUAUAUAAUGAUGAUAUAUAUUGCAACUUUUUUUUUUCCUCUUUUUAACAAAUAUUUGUCCACGGAAUUAUUGACAAAAUUGCACCUGACUUAUGCAAUGUUACUUUGAAAAAGAAUAAAUAUUGUGCACUGCUACAAAAAAAACAUCUUUCACAAUCAGUAAGAUGUUUUUUUUUUAAAUUCUUUACAUUAAUUUUUUUUCACUGAUAAUAAUGAAAUUGAAAAAUUAUUUUUUACAUUUAAUUCUCAAAUAAUGAACUUUGAUAAUUCGUUAUUUUUAUUCUUGACAUUUAAUUUUCAAUAUUAAACUUUGAAAAUUCUUUAAAAUUCUGUCAUUUCUCCUUCUAAUAUAUUAUUAACUAAUAUUAUUAUUUUAUUAUUAUUAUUAUUGAACGUGAUUGAUUUCAAUAUGAAUAAAAAGUUCACAUUCGGCAAAAUAUCAUUGGAAUCGCAGAUUUUCCACUCAUACGUCCAGUCAAACACGAGACAAUUGUGUAUUGUAAUUUGACUUUUGAGUCGUAGGGAAAAUGGUUAGUAAAGGCUUAAUUAAAAAAGGAAGUGAGAAACAGAAAAAAUUAAAAAGUCGAAGCAUUAAAAAGCAACAAAAUUUCACAAUCAACACUGAGACUAGCGCAAACUGGCUACUGGAAUUUAAAUUGAUUCUCCCUUUGCUUUUCUCGAUCAUCAAUAUUUUGAUCUGUUUGUUUGUUUGUUUUUUUUUUUAAAUAAAUUACAAAAUAAAUAUACAAAAAUAAAUUGUCCUCAAUUUGGAAAAAAAAAUAAUUUUAAAUUAAUACCAGAUCGAAAUAAUGAUAAAUUCGAGACCUUAAUAAAAAAAAAAUCUUAGAUUUCCUUGGAAAAUAAAUAAAUAAUUUAAAAGGCUUUUUUAAUUAAAUUAAUUUGUACAGUAAUAAGCAACUUUUAGUUUUUCUCUUAUUUUCUUGUGGAAAUAAUAGAAAACUAAGAUUCUCAUAAGGUCUCAAAAUUCAAUUUUCUUAGUGAGGAACAUUAUCCUCUUGUUCUUUUUUUUAAAUAUAUAAACAAAAUAAUAUAAAUGCACGAGGUUGCCACAAAUCUUCAUGCUUGUCCGUUUUUUUAAUAAAAAAAAAAAAAAACAAAAAAAAAUUUAAUCCAUUGACCGGUAUAGUUAAAUAUAUUUUUACAAUUUCUGUUUACUACUGUCGUAUAAAUGUUUUUAAGAAAUUGUUACUAUAUAUCAUUUGUAAAAUUAAUAUUUACGGCCAUGUGGUUUUCUUUUUCUCAGGACUAUUAUAUAUAUAUAUACCACUUUGUACAUUGUCAGUUAAAUUAAAAUGGAAAAUUACAGAUAAAUUCUCCAAAGCGUACUUCGAAGCGGUACUUUUUUUUUUCAUUAAAAACAUUUCUUUUUUUUCAAUUUAAAUAAUCUUGAUUGUCACAGAAGCUUCGUAAGCAACCGCUGCCAUUUUAGCAACAAAAAUUAUAUAAUUUUUUUUUUACAAAAAUUUUUGUUUAAUCAUAAACGAAAAUUUUUGCUUACAAUUAUUAAUUUUUUUUGACAAAGAUUUCCAAUUGUAGAUUUUUCUUUGUUCACUCAAAGGGAAAUCUUUGAGAAACAAUUUAAUGCAAUUGUAUUGAAUACAAGAAAAAAAUGCUUUUAGCAUUUAUUAUUCUUUUUUUUUUUUUUUUAAAGCGGUGAUUCGCUUAUAUUUUCUCAUGCAUACAAUCUCUUACUGAAAAGUAAGGAAAUUUCUAAUUUAAUCAAUAUUAACACUCAUGCAAUUUGACGACAAAUUUCUUGUCCAUUUUUUUAAAAAUAACUUUGUUUCAUUUUAAUUAAAGCUAAUAAAUCUUUUUUUUUGUCGUCUUGGAUUUUGCAAAAUUGCAUUUUUACGACACUUUUCAGAACAAACUUUUUCAGACUCCAUUCAAAAAAAAAGAACCAAACUAAAACCUUAGAAAUAAGGAUUUGACUUAUGACAAUAAAAUUAUCUCCACAUAUUUCUUAUAUAAUAAGAUUUUUUUUUUUAAUAUUUUUUAACAUUCUCUUCAAUUUUUUUUUUAAAUAUUUCUCUACGUCUUUGAAAUGUUUUUUUUUUAUUUUUAAUAAAAUCAAUUAUUUUCAAUACCUAUUAUUCUAAUCUACAAAACAAUUUCAAAUUGAAAUUUGUUUUAUUAGCCUGAAAAUAAAUGAUUUUAUUAAAAAUUAUUUUGGUCGACUAAAUCUAGGAAAUUUUUUAUAUAUUUUUACUUUUUAUAUACUUUUUUUUGUCUUGCAUUUAGUGCAAUUAGUAAAUAUAUUUUUUUUAUAUAUAUAUAUAUAUAGAUAGAAUAUACCUAAAUAGUUUAACAGUGGAAUUUUGUGUUAGCAACCACUGAAGAAACUGUAUCACAUUCAUUUCAAUGUUUCUACAAAAAAUGAUUUUAUCGUGAACCAAUUAGUUUCCACACUCACAGCACGUAUUGUUUACAAUAUUACGUUAUUUAAUAAUUUAGAGACGAAAAAGAAAAAAACAAUUAAGGCUUGCACAUGACUUUCCAAGUUGCCUUAAAGCUUUUUCAUUUUAUUUUUUCUUACUCUUGGAAAAAAGCGUCUAACAUUUAUUUAUUAUUAUUUAAAGGGCGUCGCACAGUGAAUGUGUAAGCCAAGGCAGAGAUGAAUGAGAUUCAGGAGUAAAGACUAAAAAUCACGCCACUUUAAAAUAAAAUCUAAUAACAUCUAAGCAGGCCACUUUACAUCUUUUUUUUUUUUUUUUUUUUGAAGCCUUGUUUGCACGUUUAUACAUCGUAUCCAUUCUUCGUACCUUGGAAACUAUUUUUUAAUUUUUUUUUUCUUUUUUUUGUAGUUAUCUAAUUUUGUGGAGAUGUGAAAUCAAAAAAAAAAAAAACUUAAUAAAUUA